UGCUUGUCAAAUCUGAAUCACGAUUUUUCUGAUACUCUCCACAAGAGGUGCGGAAAAGCGCUUGGAAAAACUUAUCACUAGAUUUUCUGGUUAUUUUAGUUUAAUUUUCAAUUGUGUUAAUAACAAUAUCCGUAGAAUGGACGAUCCGGAGCUAAACGCCUUACGCCAGCAGCGUCUGCAACAGAUGCAGGGUGGCGAUCCGGAACAGCAGAAGGCCAAAGAGGAACAGAUGGCCGCCCAAGAGGAAAUGAAGAACUCAAUGCUGUCGCAGCUGCUGGAUCAGAACGCCCGGGCCCGUUUGAACACACUGAAGCUGAGCAAGCCGGACAAGGCUCAGAUGGUCGAGGGGAUGAUCAUCCGGAUGGCACAGAUGGGGCAAAUCGGGGGGAGACUGGAUGAUUCCUCGUUGGUGAAGCUGCUGGAGAGCCUCAAUCAGCAGAUGCCCCGUAGUGGAUCCACGGUGAAGUUUGACCGCCGAAGGGCCGCUCUGGAUUCGGACGACGAUGACGAUUACGGCAUUUGAAGAAGGCGGUUGCCCUCCGUUGGGUGAAACGGUCCAAUGAGAACGUGGGAGAUGAGUUACAGCUUGGGAUUUGUGCUUCAGUUUGCUGCGGAGGACGCGAAUAGGUCCUCUGGCUUGCCGCGAAGGAUUUGCUUGCUUUCAAGGGCUCGAUUCGAAGCCCAUUUAAUCUGAUUAACAAUAACAUUAAGGACGGAAUAAACUCGUUUAGAGCAUUAUGUGACUAAAACGAAAAA